AUGAAGGUAGCCGUGACCAGCAUGGAGUACAGCUGGGACAUUCACGGACACUGUGUCUGGCUAAAUAAGACUAAUGGACACAUAUCUGGGAAUGGAGAUGUGUAUCAAGAAAGGCUGGCUCGUCUGGAAAAUGAUAAGGAAUCUCUUGUUCUGCAAGUAAGCGUGCUUACGGACCAGGUGGAGGCCCAGGGAGAAAAGAUUCGGGAUCUGGAGUUCUGCCUGGAGGAGCACAGGGAGAAGCUGAAUGCCACGGAAGAGAUGCUGCAGCAGGAGCUUCUGAGCAGAACAUCCCUUGAAACUCAGAAGCUGGAUCUUAUGGCAGAGAUUUCCACUCUGAAGUUAAAGCUUACUUCUGUAGAGAAGGAUCGAUUGGACUACGAGGACAGAUUCAGAGACACAGAGGAUUUGAUCCAGGAAAUAAAUGAAUUGCGACUGAGAGUUGGAGAAAUGGACAACGAAAGACUCCAGUACGAGAAGAAACUGAAAACGACCAAAGAUGAGCUAGCAGCUUUGAAAGACAAACUGGAGCAGAAGGAAGUUGAGGUUAAAAGGCUGCAAGAAAAAUUGGUUUGCAAGCUGAAAGGAGAAGGAAUAGAAAUACUGGACAGAGAUAUAGAGGUACAGAAAAUGAAGAAGGCGGUAGAAUCUCUAAUGGCAGCAAAUGAAGAGAAGUCACCACUUGGUUUUAUUUUUUUUUUUCGGAAGAUAGAAGAGCUUCGGCAAUCUCUGAAUAGGUACAAGAAAGUUCAAGACAUGGUGAUACUGGCUCAAGGUAAAAAAGGCAAGGAGGGUGACGGUGAAGACUUCUUGAAUUCAGGGUCUGUUUCCACGGUUUUAUUGGACACACCAAGUCUGACUGACGCAGAGAAAAGCCCAUCCCCAACCCCCGUAACAGCAUCCCCAAUCCACGAUGAGUUUAACAUGAAUAUUCAUGAUGAGAAUUCCUUACAGAUCCACACCAGUAUUUUACAGAUUUCAAUCCCUUCUUUUUCAUCAACAUCCAAGAGCCCAGAAACUGUUGCGGAGAAAGUGAAAACACAGCCUAGGCCAGAUCUUGCCAGUGAAAUGAG